GAGAGCCAAUAUGCAACUUCUUCUUGUGUUUGCCUCUUUGUUCAUCUUUUGCUCAGCAGCUGAGGAAACGUCUGAACCUUUGUCUUCUUCAUGUGUUUGCAGUCACUAUGUGGUCAUAGUCCCAUCCCAGCUGUCAUAUCCCUCCACUGAGAAAACAUGUGUUGUCUUCUACCACCUAAAAGGUCCGGUAAACUUUAAAAUUGAAAUGAACAAUGGCAAUUCUGACAGUGUUGAACUGGUUACCGAAGACAAAAUAGAUGGACCUAUUUUUUUCCAAUGUUACUCUUUCCAGGUCCCUGCUACAAGCACAAAAUAUGAGAAGUGGAAUUUCAAAAUAUCAGGAGAGGCAGACGGUCUCAAAAUCAACAGGACCAAGACCGUUUCGAUUGUUAAAACCUAUAAUUCAUACAUCAUCCAGACAGAUAAAUAUAUUUACACACCAGGGCAGGCUGUACAUUUCCGGAUCGUAACUCUUGAUAGGGAUUUUAAUGCUCUGAAUGAAAAGUUGCCACUGGUAGAGAUUAUGGAUCCAAAAUAUAACCGAAUUGGCCAGUGGCGUGAUAUCUCACCCAAGAGUGGAAUUUCAGACUUUUCUUUCCAACUAUCAGAAGAUCUGGAAUUUGGAGAUUAUACAAUUAAUAUUCCCAAACAGAAAUCAAGCAUAUUUUCUGUGGCAAAAUUUAUUCCACAGAAGAUUGAACUCAAAAUUAAUUUGCCCUGGAAAAUUGUUGCAAGUGACGAAUCCUUUAGUUUGGAAAUUUGUGGAAGGUACACUUUUGGGAAGCCAGUUAAGGGAUAUCUUAAAAUCUACGUCUGUGAGCUUUUAGUCAACCCACUAGAAGGUGAUGAUGAUCAUGAGGAUGAUGAAACUAAACACUCUGAGUGUCAAUAUAUAUACAAUGUGCAGACCAAUAGCAGAGGAUGUUUCACAGGGGAGAUUGACAUUCGUUAUUUCAAUUUAUCAACUAAACCUCAUAUUAGACAAUUAACAGUGUCAACCUCUAUCAAAGAAAAACACACAGGUCUGGUGGAAAAAGCAUCAAGUCCUUUAAGAAUUGGAAGUGCAAAAAUUAUAUAUUUUGAAGAUCUUGAAUACUAUUAUUAUAGAGGGAAUCCCUACAAUGGCGUGAUUACUGUUAUCGACAAAAACAAGAAACGAAUGCCAAACGAAGUGUUCUAUCUGAUUGUGAAAGUCGAUAAUGUGAAGACUAACCUAUCCCUGGUGACUAAUGAAGAGGGAGUCGCACACUUUGAGCUCGACACAACUGAUUGGGUAGAUGUUGUCAAAAUUAAGGGAGUCUUUAAUUUGGAGGAAUCUGAGAAAAAUGAUAGGAUAGAGACACCCAGAUCUAUCUUCCCCUUCUACUCCCCAAGAAAAAACGUAUUGAAAGUAGAGAAAAUGUCAACUGUUUUGAAGAAACUUGUAUGUAACACUGUGCAUUCAGCAAAAAUUGAAUACAGGAUCAAUGUGAAUGACCUGCCUCCUGAGUUGAAUGAACUUUCUGUCAUCUAUGUGCUUUCAAGCAGAAAAUCAGUUGCAUUGCAUGGAGAAUACAAAGUGGAUAUUAGAGCACCAUUAAGUGGGCAAUAUCUGUAUGGAUCUUUUCCUGUAAACUUCACCAUAAACAAAGAGCUGUUUCCAUAUACCAACCUCUUGGUUUUUACGGUAUUACGGAAUGGAAAUAUGAUUGGUGACUACACAUCAUUCUCGAUACCUUCAUGCUUUGUGAACCAGGUGAAACUUGAAUUCUCAGAAAAAGUUGUGCAUCCAAGGAAAAAGGUGGGCUUGGAAAUCACAGCAGAAUCUGGGUCUAUAUGUUCUAUUCGUUCUGUGGAUAAAGGACAGUUACUUCACAGGCCCUUUGAGCAACUUAGCAAAUCCAUUGUUCAGAACAUGAGGUUUGGAUAUGGACACGAAAGAGAAGAGAAAGAAAGAGUCAAAUGCUUGGGAAAUGACACAAAAUCCCAAACAUAUUUUCUACGGCACCAGAAAGAUUCUGAUAUGUACACCUUUUUUAUGUUAAACAGCCUAAAGAUUUUCACCAACACUCAGAUCUAUAGACCAGUGUCAUGCUCAGAACUUGAGCCCAAGAAACCUACUCCUGGCCAGACACAGUCUGCUAGAAAAAUUCAAAUGCCGACUACUUCCAAACCCAAGUACUCAAUACACAAGUUCUCCCCUGAAACCUGGCUGUAUGAUCUUAUAUCUAUAGGGACAGAUGGACACGAACAUCUUAACAUAACUACCCCAAACUCUGUCACUAGUUGGGUGACAGAUGUAUUCUGCUUGGGUAGUUCUGGUUAUGGAGAGACUGAGCCAGUUGAGCUCACCACAUUCAAACCAUACUUUCUUGACCUGUCCUUACCUUACUCAGUAGUUCAGGGAGAGGCAUUUACGCUUACUGCCUUGGUCUACAACUAUCUUAAGAGGUGCAUAGUGGUGUCAGUGUCAUUGUCUGAAUCUCUGGAUUUCUCAGCUGUCCAUAAAAACGAAAACCACUGCAUCUGUGAAGAGCAGUCUACCAUCUUUACUUGGGAUAUAACUGCUAACAAAAUAGGUUAUCUCAAAUUGAAGGUUAGCAGUGGAGCUCGGGAGAUGGAAGGAGAUUGCACAAGUCAGAAUUUUGAUUUGGGCCAUAACAACAUUGUAGACACCUUGGAAAAAACUGUGAUAGUGAAGCCAAGUGGAGUAAGGGAAGACAAAACAGAGACAUAUCGUCUAUGUCCAGCAGGAGGGGUUUUGAAACAGGAGAUAUCACUGAAUGUUCCAGACAUCUGGGUUCCUGGAUCUGAACGUGCAGACAUUAUUGUAUUCGGUGACAUCCUCAAUAAUGCUAUUGCUAAUGUUGAUGACAUCAUUGAGCUCCCCACUGGAUGUGGUGAACAGAAUAUGGCACGAGCUGCUGUGAGUCUACACAUUCUACAGUAUCUUAACAACACCAAGCGACUAACACCUGAGAUAGAAAACAGGCUUUUGAAUCAUCUGACUGUAGGGUACCAGAAACAGCUCACAUUCCAAGCUGAAAAGGGCUCCUACAGCAUAUUUUCUGGAGAAAAUGGAAAUGACUGGCUCACAGCCUUUGUGGUGAAAUGUUUGAGUCAGGCACAGAAUUUUAUCUACAUAGAUGAGAAGAUCAUUCAGGACUCCGUGAAAAGGCUGAGUAGUCUACAGUUGCCUAAUGGCUGCUUCAACAUAUCUGGAAAUUAUUAUAACAACCGAAUACAGGAUGAGGAAACUCGUGAAAUAACAUUUACAGCCUUUGUUACUAUAGCUCUGAUGGAAAGCGGAAACAUAACGGAAGAUGGUGUUAUUGUGAAUGCCUUGAGCUGUUUAAGAAAAGGAGCAGAACGAGUUAACAACACAUAUACUGAAUCUCUUUUGGCAUAUGUCUUUUCUCUUUCGGGAGACAAUGGUCUACGACAACUUGUGUUGGAAGAUCUAGAGAAGAAGGCUACAAAAUCAGAUUUAUUUAAGCAUUGGGAAAUAGAGGACUCUCGCAGUGGAAACAUUGAGAUUAGUUCUUAUAUUCUUCUGGCUUUACUGGAGCAACGCUCUAAGGAAAUUGAGGAAGCCACAAAAAUCAUGAAUUGGAUAUUACAACAACAAAAUGUAAAUGGUGGCUUCUCUUCAACUCAGGACACUGUUGUGGCUUUCCAAGCGAUGUCUGGAUAUGCAAAAUCUACAUUUGUUCCAAGAGGGGACACAUAUGUGAAUGUUCAAACCCUUUCAGGGUUUCAGGAAAAGUUUAUUGUGGACAAAAGUUCGAACAUACUUCAGCAGAAAGCAGCCCUGCCAGAUGUUCGUGGAGAGUACACAGUGACAGUCACAGGUAGUUCCUGCAUAUAUUUGCAAACACAUCUACAAUAUCACAUCCCUGUUGCCAAGGUUUACUCUAAUUUUGCCCUAAGUGUAAGCACACUGCCAAGUGUCUGCACUCUUCAAGCACAUGCAAGUUUUGACAUUGUUGCGGAACUCAGUUACACUGGGAACCGAGCUUCAUCCAAUAUGGUCAUUGUUGAGGCUGAGCUUUUGUCAGGAUUCAUUCCUAAAAAGAGCAGUGUUACAUUGUUAUUAAAUAACCCCAAUGUGAAAAAAACUGAAAUCAGAGAAGACAAAGUGAUCAUUUACUUGAGUGAGCUUACACAUGAAACACAAACUUUAUCGUUUUCAAUUAAACAAAUAACUCAUGUGAACAAUCUGCGUCCCGCUGCUGUAAUGAUUUAUGAUUAUUAUGAACCAGAGGAAUAUGCUGUGGCAGAGUAUACAUUUCCAUGUGAAAAAGAGUGGGGCCAUUGUCCUUCGAAUGUCUCAGAGAGGAAAGAAUGUGGAUAUCCAAGCAUCAGCAGUGAAGAAUGCGUACAGAGACAUUGCUGUUAUGAUUCCAGUGUCUCUGAAACACCUCGGUGCUUCUUUCGUAAAGGUCACACAGAAUGAAGACGGAGAAUCAAAGCUCAGCUUUGUACUUAAAAACGCAAUUCACCUGCUGCCCUUCUGCCAAGGUGGAAAUUAAAGAUGACUUAAUUAAUUUUAACUGCCAUCGAAAAAAAAAUGUAUUUGCUCAAUUUAAUUGUAUUAAAGGAUCAACACAUUAAAAAUAAAAAUAAAUACAAUU